AUGGUGGCUAGAGCUCAUGACGUGGCGGCUAAAGCAUUAAGGGGUUGUUCUACUUGCUUGAACUUUGCUGACUCUGCUUGGAGGUUGCCUAUCCCAGCUUCCUCCUGCACCAAGGAUAUUCAGAAGGCGGCCGCUGAGGCCGCCGAAUCUUUCCGACUGCCACUAAAGUCGGAAAGAGUUUCAGGAGAAUACAUAUACACUCCUGAAACACCACAAAGUAUGUUCUUUUUGGAUGAGGAAGCGCUCUACUACAUGCCGGGAUUACUUGCGAAUUUAGCCCAAGGAAUGAUGCUACCUCCACCUCAAUGUUUAGAAAUCGGAGAUCAUGCCGAAAUUGAUGAUGACAUGUCUUUAUGGAGUUAUAUUUAAAUAAUUAAUUCUGGUUA